CGUAUAAACAGAUUGGCAAUUGCCCAUUCUCACUCUCCCUCAAGUCCCUUAACAAGUAACAUACUAACAUGUGCUAUAAGAAAACACCUACUCCUACUUUAAAACGUGAUAUAACAAUAAGGUAAUAAAGAUUGAGAACAGGAACUGAAAAGAGAGCUUGAUAUUAAGAUUUUGGGGUUCCUAGAUCGAAGAAGAUGGAGAGAGAAAAGGAUGAAAGAGAAAGAUUUAAGCAAGUAUAUCAAGUGUUAAAAACGGAAUUGCUGCAAGAUCCUAACUUUGAGUAUGACCAUAUCUCCCGUCAAUGGGUCCAUCAGAUGCUGGAUUAUAAUGUUCCUGGAGGAAAACUUAAUAGAGGGCUGUCUGUAAUUGAGACUUAUAAGUUGCUAAAUGAUGGAAAACAACUCCAUGAAGAUGAUCUUUUUCGUUCUUCUGUUCUUGGCUGGUGCAUUCAAUGGCUGGUAGGGUGUGUCCUUGUUCUAGAUGAUAUUCUGGAUGGUUCUCACACACGGCGUGGCCAGCCUUGUUGGUUUAGAUUACCCAAGGUUGGCAUGAUUGCUGUCAAUGACGGCAUUCUACUUUGGAAUCAUAUUAACAGGAUUAUAAGGAAUCACUUUAGAGACCAACCUUAUUAUGCAGAAGUCCUUGAUUUAUUCAAUGAGGUAGAGUACCAGACAGCUUGUGGAGAAAUGAUUGAUCUGAUAACUACUCUCGAGGGGGAGAAAGAUCUGUUCAAAUAUACUUCAGAACUUCAGCAACGCAUCAGCCGGUACAAGACUGCAUAUGGAACAUUUUAUCUCCCAUUUGCGUGCGCUCUGAUCAUGUCAGGUGAGAAGCCAGAUGAGUAUAGUGAUGUGAAGGCCAUCCUCCUUGAAAUGGGCAUUUACUUCCAAGUACAGGAUGAUUAUUUAGAUUGCUUUGGUGAUCCUGAUACGGUUGGAAAGAUUGGAUCAGACAUUGAAGACUUCAAGUGUUCUUGGUUGGUUGUGCGAGCUUUGGAACUUUGCAAUGAGGAGCAGAAGAAAAUAUUACGUGAUAACUACGGGAAAGCGGAUCCUGCCAAUGUUGCCGUAGUGAAAUCCCUCUAUAAUGACCUCAAUCUUCCGGGGUACUUCGCUGAAUAUGAGAUUGAUAAGUAUGAGAAGCUGACAGUCAGCAUCGAAGCUCUUCCAAGCAAAAAUGUGCAAGCAGUGUUGAAGGCUUACUUGGGUAAAAUAUACAAGAGGCAGAAAUAGACAGAUCUCAAAGAGGGUCCUCCAAGGAUAUAGCAGAUCAUUUUUGCCAGUGUUGAGAAUAUUAAAUCAUACUUGGAGUUGCAGAUGUGUUUGUCAUAGGGAAGAAAUCGAACUUUUGCUUGACCAGUAAAGCCCUGACAUGGUUGCUGCAUGCUGUGAUUAGUCAAGCAGAAGUAAUCCUUUCAUCGAAAUCCGACAUAAAUGUUCAAAGAUGAAGUUGUUCAUUGAAUUUGAAUGUGGACGCUCAACCAUGACACUUCAAAUAUGGUUUUGUGAUGUCUGCUUGCCUUGAACUUUUUAAAAUCUGACUGUUGUUGUUUCCGGUGCUAAUCUAUUUACUGAUGCAUUAAUGCUUCAUAUAUACUACUAUAGUAUAUAGAAAAUAUGAAGUAUAAUCCAUCUUCAAAUCAUCAAAUGGUUCAAGUAUGACACUUUACGUUUUUUUUUUUAUUUUUAUUUUUUAUAAUAAGACCAGGAGAAACCUUGACAAGUUGGGGGAAUAAAGGGGAUCUCAACUUGCUAAGGGUGAGAAUUGAUCUCAAAACCUCCUGGAAUCGGGAGGAAAGUUAAGUGUUGAUACUAAGGACAAUCAUUAGUAUUUACUGGUCGUUUUUCCGAAUGCUAGUUGUUGCAAUUAUUGCAAUUCCGACAAAAUUUUAUUCUACAUACUAUUAUAUGUUUACCUUCUUUAA